AUGUCAUUGCUAGGAAACCCUGACACCGAUUUGCCAAAGGUAAACACACAGUUCGUCUUUUCUAGAAUAAUGGAUUGGAGUGGUCCACUUGGAAAACUUUGGAGAUUUGUGGGCUUACCAGUGACUCUUCAGCCUUUCAAUGCCUUUGUACUUUGGUUUUCACUGGCGAUGGUAACAAGUUCAGUUAACACAGAUAAACCUGGAGAGAAAAUGUAUUCCUGCCUAGUAAUUCAGUGCAGUGCUCUUGAAGUCAAUGGCUUACCAGGCAGAGAGGGAAGAGAUGGUCCCAAAGGUGGAAAGGGAGAAGCAGGAUAAAGACUGAGAAGUCUACAGGCUGUCCCUGGAAAGAGUCCAGGAAUAAAAGGUGAUUUAGGAUCACAAGGAGAGAAAGGAGAAGGAGGAAUUGUGCUAACUGAUGACCUGCAGAGAGAAGUAACUGCUUUGGUAAGAGAAGUACAGGGUUUGGAGGCUGAACUGAAUAGAUACAAAAUUCUUUCAGAUCCUGAUUCGAGAGCUCUACUUCUGAAAACAUCAAGAGUAUUGGUAAAAAAAAUAUUGGUCUCAACUGGAAAAGAAGGUACUUUUGAUAAUGGAAAAUCCCUUUAUGCAAAUGCUGGAAGUGCACUUGUCUCUCCUAGGACUGAGACUGAGAAUACAGCUUUAAAAGACUUAAUAAGACCUUCAAAGCAGGCUUAUAUGGGGAUAUCUGAUGAACAGACUAAAGGCAGGUUCAUGCAUCUGAAUGGAGGGUCUGUAACUCAGAGAAACUGGAAUGCUGGAGAGCCAAAUAAUCUAAAAAAAUAAGACUAUGCAGUAACACAAAACCCUGGAAAAUGGAAUUACGGUAAUUGUUCAAAUUCACAUGCCUUAAUUAUUUGUGAAUUCUUGAGCUGA